GAAUAUACUCAAGGAGUGCGAUACGAUCAAGUCGUAAAGAUACACUUGAGCAUAACGGCAGGGGCCAAGGGAUGUUACUUUAUCAUACAAAGAGUUUCUGGCCACCCAUUAGGUCUUUAUAGAGCAAACAAACAAGAGGAGAGCAAUACGAUCUAG